UACGUACUCACAUCUCUCAAGCUCAAACAAUCUAAAGUUCUCUCGAAAUUCUUAUCACUUUCACUUUCAAACUCUUAGCUCAUCAUGGGUGUUUUCACUUAUGAAACCGAGUAUACCUCCGUUAUCCCACCGGCCAAGUUGUUCAAGGCCUUUAUCCUUGAUUCUGACAACCUCAUUCCAAAGGUUGUACCUCAAGCCAUUAAGACCUCUGAAAUAAUUGAAGGAAAUGGAGGGCCUGGAACCAUCAAGAAGAUCACCUUUGGCGAAGGCAGCCAAUUCAAGUAUGUGAAGCACAAGAUCGAUGAAGUAGAUCAUGCAAACUUCACAUAUGGCUACAGCGUGAUCGAGGGUGAUGCUUUAAGCGACGUGUUAGAGAAAAUCUCUUACAAGAUCAAGAUAGUGGCAUCCUCCGAGGGAGGAUCCAUCUUGAAGACCAUCAGCAACUACCACUGCAAAGGCGAUCAUGAGAUCAAGGAAGAGCAAGUCAAGGCUGGGAAAGAAAAGGCCGCAGGUCUUUUCAAGGCUGUUGAGGGCUACCUCGUUGCACACCCUGAUGCCUACAACUAAAUUAAGCUCAAUUUUUUCAUUUGUGUAUUUCCUAAAUCAUAAAAGGUUGUGGCUUUCAUGUUAUUUUUCAGCUUAGCUUGUCAAAAUGGUUUGGGCAGCUUGGUAAUAAAGAGUUUGUGGUUGUGAUGUUUUAUAUAUAGUUGGAAGUGUUCAAUUUGAUUAAUGUUGUAAUACUUUCAAUAUAUACAAGAAUUUAUAAA